UCUUUCUGGCAGCACACGAGACAGCCAGGGUAACAGGUGUGUAGGACGCUAUUUUAUUACUUACCUGCCGCAGGUGACUAUGGUAGAAGUCAAACAAACUAACUAACGAACUGAAGCGAAACAAGUCACAGUCGAUAAAAUGAAUAACCCAAUCCCGUCCAACAUGAAGUCCGAGGCGAAGAAAGCUGCCAAGAUCCUCAGAGAGUUUACUGAUAUCUCCAACGGCACUGGUGCUGACAAACUCAUCCCAGCCAAUAUAUUAGCCAAGUGUCAGGGCCUGGCCAUCAUACAGGUGAUCAAGGCAGGCUUCAUGAUCACAGCUCGAGGCGGCAGCGGUAUAGUCAUCGCUAGACUGGCUGACGGACGUUGGUCUGCUCCCUCUGCCAUUGGUAUAGCUGGUCUGGGCGGUGGCUUUGAGAUUGGAGUUGAGGAACUUGGAGGCUGAUGUAGCCCUACGUAGUACAGCAGCAGUGUUUACUUACUGUAAGUCCAGAGGGCUGUUUGCUGGAGUCUCUCUGGAGGGAUCCUGCCUCAUAGAACGCAAAGACACCAACCGCAAGUUCUACUCCCAGGACAUCCGUGCGUCAGCCAUAUUGAAUGGAGAUGUAGAACCUCCCCCAGAAGCUGAUGACCUGUACUGUGUCCUGGAGACGUACACAGAAAAAUACACUACUGAGUGGACGGCCAAACACCUAGCGCAGAAGAAUCCUAUAAGAGAAGUCCAAGUAGCAGAAGGACAGUCCAAAAUGAUUACGGUGGGGUCGAGCCGUGGGACGCGGGGCCUGUAGUCGUCACGGCGCCUGUAGUCGUCACGGCGGUACACCCGUUCACAGGGCAACAGCCUGGCGACCUGAGCUUCAACCCUGGCGAUCGCAUCACUGUGGUUACCAAGACAGAGUCACAGUAUGACUGGUGGGAGGGAACGCUUAACGGACGGACCGGAAUCUUCCCCGCUAACUUCGUCUCCUACCCCUGAACACACACACACACACACACACACACACACACAUUCACAGGUCUGUCACACACAUGGACACUUAUAUUGCUGGGAGUAAUGUUUUCAACACACUACAUGGACACUGAGGAAAUGCACCCACAGGCACUAACACACUACAUGGACACAUGAUGACACUGAGGAAAUGCACCCACAGUCACUAACACACUAACACUCUAACACACUCCACAAUGUAUGGGUAGCCACGCUGUCUUCCUAUUGGACUGUUCCUACCUGAACUUAACUCUUUGGCUCGCUAUAGUCCAGUUCACUAAGUUCCGCCUGCUUUUGAAGCCAAACCGUUCAAAACGGGGAGGGACCUACCUGAAUUUGUCCAAUAGAAACUCUUGUUUUUGUUGCAGAAUGUUUUGCCACAGUGUUUUGACUAAUGAAUACACCCCAGCUCUGUUCACUUCUAGAGACCCGAACCAUGCUGGAAAGGGUGAUGUAGAAAGACAAUAUCCGAGCCAGUGCAGUACAGUACAGUUUGGGUCGGCGAGAUCGUGUGAAUAAAGGUACCAGUUUUAAAGCAUUAAACAGAAGAAAGGUGAUGUUAUCACCGACGCUGUACACUGUUUUAAUAUUCUCACUCAUUAUUUUAUAUACUGUACGUCAAGUCACAAAUUGGCUGGCUUGACAAGGGUGUUUGACAUAUUACAAUGAAGUCAAUAGAUUAUUUUAUUUUUUGGUUUGUAUAAAAUGCAUUAUAGAUUAUUGGGGCAAUCUGUAACUGCUUGUUAUUUUAUGUUCUGAACUAAAGUUUCUGGGAUUAUGUCCAGUAUUCUCUCCGUACUGCCAUUUGUAUAUGAUGCUGGAUCAAAGUAUUUAAUAUAAAAUAAUCUUGUUUUAUCUUAACAUCUGUAUGUAAUGAUGAUUUGUACGGAUUUCUCUCUGAAUGUGUGUGGAUAUGUAUUAAAGAACCUUGU